AUGGGUUGUCGGAGAGGAGCACAAAUGGCUAUGCAUGGAUCAGCAAUCGUGCCUUACCUUCCACUCGAUGUAAUCGCCGAAAUACUUGCAAAACUUUCUGUCAAAUCCUUGUUGCAAUUUAGAGUUGUGUGCAAGUCAUGGUGCUCCUUAAUCUCAAGUCAUCAAUUUGUCAAAAAGUAUUUGUCACAAGUCACCACCAGUCCUUCAAGACUAAUCAUGAAUCCUUUUGGCUUGGUUAACGACUUGACUUUCUACCAUCUUCAUGAUUCCAUAGUAGUCUGUGAAAGUUCAAUCGAUUUCCGGAUCGAAGAAUCUGAGUACUGUGUCAUGGGUUCUUGUGACGGUUUAGUAUGUGUAAAAGAAUGUCACCAUGGUAUGAUCUUCCUCUGGAAUCCAAGUACAAGAUGCGCCAAAAUAUUACCUUGUACUUCCGAAGUACAUGGGAAAGUGUAUGAACUUGGAUGGAAGUAUGGAUUCGGUCACGACUGCAAUAGUGACGACUACAAGGUGCUAACAUUGAGUCCUGAAGAAAAUACUCUUGAUAAGAUGGAGUACUUUAGUUAUAAAUCCAUGAUGUACACAUUAGGAACAGACUCUUGGAGGAGGAUUCGGGAUUCACCACUUGGUUGUGUGUUUGUCGACAAGUCUGCUACUUUUGUUAGUGGAGCUCUACACUGGAUGGCGGAUCAAGAACCAAGUCUUACUAGGGUAAUUAUUUCUCUUGAUUUAACAAGUGAGACAUACAUAGAAGUGCCACAACCUGAUUAUGAGUAUUCUUCUGAACUUGCUGAAGUCGGGGCUUCAAGAGGAUGCUUAUGCUUGCUUGCUUACGACAAUGAUGAAUAUUAUGAUAUUUGGGUGAUGAAUGAAUAUGGGGUGCGAGAGUCUUGGACCAAAUCGAUCAAAAUCCCAUUUAUGUGGGAAUUUCUUGGCUGCUUAAAACCGCUGACAUGGUUUAUCGAGAACGGGGAAAUUAUAUUGAGUAUAGGUGGGAAUGUGGCUUCCUACAAUGCAAACAGAAACUCAGUUAGGUAUCUUUCAACUAAAAAUGAUGAUUAUUUAUAUCGGACCCCUGAAUAUGCCUUUUAUGUAGAGAGCCUAGUCUCACCCAAUGCCUACAGUGGAGACAACGAGAUUAGUCAUCUCAAUAUCAAUAUCGUACAAGAAAAAAGAGUGGUGAUAAAUGCAUGUGGAGCAACAGAAAACGGCUUCACUUCAAUCACUUGGCAGCUCCAGGAUGCAUGA